AUGAAUAACAACAUGAAUUUAAUGGAAUAUUACUAUGCUAGCGACCAAAGAAAAAUUCUCAAUUCUCUCUUAUCCGGAGCAUUGGCAGGAGCGCUUGCUAAAACUGCAGUAGCUCCUCUGGACAGAACCAAAAUCAUCUUUCAAGUGUCUUCAAAAAGAUUUUCUGCCAAGGAAGCCUUUAAGGUCAUCUACUUCACCUACCUCAAUGAAGGUUUCUUCAGCUUAUGGAGAGGCAAUUCUGCCACCAUGGUCCGUGUGAUUCCCUACGCUGCCAUCCAGUUUAGUGCCCACGAGGAGUACAAAAUAAUCCUGGGCCGUAACUAUGGCAUCAAGGGCGGCGAGACUUUGCCCCCUUGCCCAAGACUUGUUGCUGGUGCAUUAGCUGGAAUGACUGCUGCUUCUCUAACCUAUCCACUGGAUUUGGUGAGAGCCCGGAUGGCUGUAACACCCAAGGAAAUGUACAGUAACAUCUUUCAUGUCUUCAUCCGAAUGUCCCGUGAAGAAGGUCUAAGAACUUUAUACAGAGGCUUUACACCAACAAUCCUUGGAGUUGUCCCCUAUUCUGGGCUAAGUUUCUUUACCUAUGAAACACUAAAGAAAUUUCACCAUGAACACAGUGGACGAUCACAGCCAUAUCCUUUAGAGCGAAUGGUUUUUGGUGCAUGCGCCGGUCUCAUUGGCCAAUCAGCUUCCUACCCUCUAGACGUUGUACGGCGACGAAUGCAGACAGCAGGAGUAAAGGGUCAGACUUACAAUAACAUCUUACAGACCUUGCAAGAAAUUGUCAGCAAAGAGGGAUACAUCCGUGGUUUAUACAAGGGAUUAAGCAUGAACUGGCUUAAAGGCCCCAUAGCAGUGGGAAUCAGUUUUACCACUUUUGACCUAAUGCAGAUUCUUCUUCGUAAAUUCGAUGAAGGGAAUCAUAAUUAGUAUCCUAACUCUCAACUACCCCAAAUAGUAACUAAAGCACAUGUGUAUACGUAGAAAAUGCUAGUACUGUCCCCAACAUUAUUGUGAAAUGUGAUUUAAAGUUUUACUUUAUUUUUUUAAAUAAUUGAGUUUGCAGUUCAGAAAAUAUGCACUUAAAAUCGAUCUUCUCUAAAACCAAAUUCUCUUAGAACAGCAAGUAAUCUUUGAGCUCUGGGUAGCAUUUGUCCUCCGAAUUCUUCCCACCACCCUCUUAAAGAUGUUUUUCAUCCCAAGAUUAGUGAAGAGGACUAUGCUUCUGAACUGGGUCCAGAGCACAUCCAGGGAUUAAGAGGAUAUUCUAAGAUGGUCAUUGUCUGAGGGGUGUUUAGGGAAUACAACUUAGUCUCUGGUUUUAAACAAAGUGCAGUAUUUCACUUUUGAAAGUUUGGUAAUCUACUAAGUACCUGAAUUGGAGUUAAUAUUCUUUUGAAAGGAAUAAUUUAAAGUUCUGUUAUUUUUUUAAUUGGUCCCCAUAAAGGAAAUGGAUUCAUCAAAGUCAAGGAUCCCAAAUGAUUUUUUAUCCAUUGUCUAGGACUUUUUGCAUUUAAUGUGUCCAUGCCUCUGAAAUAAGCAAAUGAAAUUAGAGGAUUCUGUUGGACCGUCUUAAAUUUCUUCUCACAGAUUGUUGGAAGUGGGUAAAUUUAAUCCUUUUCUCCAAUGACAUAUGAUAAAUAUACUUUGAGCCCUCCCAAGUCUUGAUAAACUAUUACCAGAAAAUGUGUAGAUUCCUAUAUACCACAUCCUUGACCCUCCUCAAAUGCUUUCAUUCUUGGUAUAUAGCAUUGUCUGGUGAGUAAGUACUGGAAACCUCCAUAGUUCCCAUGAAAUGUCAAAUCUUUUGAGAUUUUAAACAGGGAAUUUUGUAAACUUGAAAUUCAUCGGUCACAUCUUUCAAUGAAUAUAAUUGCUGCUAAGUGACCAGCUUAGAGGAUUCAGUCUCUCACCAGACAUGGCAGAUAAGGAAUGUAAAUCAUUAUUGUUGUCUUAGGAGUUCUUUCGUAAAUAUGCUUCUUCACAACUGCUGGGUGGAACAACCUCUGUGCUUAAGAUAGAGCAGGCUCAUCUUGAAUUUGCUCACAGAAAGUGGUAGCUUCCAGUAGAUCCCACCCUCAGUGACCCACAGUUGUGUAACUGCCACCUGAUCUCAUUCCUCAGGUGCCAUGUUUUCCCAGCUCUAAGUGGGCCAAGGAGCCUAAAGAACAAAGCCUCACUAACAUGCCACCCCUGGCAAUAUGGUGUGGCACUCGUUAAAGGGAUAGAGAAUAUAUCCAGUUAUUCAAAGCUCAGUCUUCGAGCACAAACAGUGUGAGAGAAGGUCCCGUUUCUUGGAUGAUCCCAGGCUCUCACAGUGAGGAGCCAUGUGCCCAGCUCACACCAGAGAUAUGAAGGUACCUGGAAAGAGACUUUCUUCUCCUGGAAGGUUGCUGCUCAGAUGGAAAGGACUGCACGUGAUAAAUCACAGGGUGCAGAGAAGGUCCUUUUCCAAUGUAGGUGUUUUUAACAGUAGGAUUUUUUUUAAAAGUCAGAAUCUGUAUCAUGACUUCAUUAGUGUAAAAUGAAGAUCAUUGCACAGUCAGUGAAAUUUGAAUGCCCUUGUGUUUGGUUCUGAUUUUAUACUCUGGACAGAAGUUGCUUUAUAACCAAAUAGUUAAUGUGAUGAGUCCCCAUUUUCCAAUCAAGUCCCACUCAGCCAAGGACGAUCAGCUUGGAUAUUUAAGUAUUACUGUAUUAUCAUAAGGUUCGAUAGCUGUACUUGUUAAAGCUCCUAUUACUAGGAAGAUGUCCUUGGUCAAGCAUUGAAUCCCUAGGUGGUGGUACAGGAAUAGUGAGGAUCUCUUCUAACUGGUAUGUAAAGUGCCAUUCCCAGCCGUUCUUGAGGACAAUGAACUGUCCUCUUCUGAAAGGUAGGACUGGAGGAAGGGGAUGGUAGUCUGUUCCCACUGAGCCCCCUCUAGCCCAGCACUGUCUCAUAUGGUUCUAUGCACCUGGGAGCCAAGGUUUGUUUUUGGUGGCCCCUUUUGGAAGUCUCUUGUUUUGUGUUCAUGUCUGAGUACUGUGUUUUGACACCCCCUUCCAGUAACACUUCCCAAAUCUGUCUUUGGAAAAAGGGAAGUACAAACUCCUGGCAUCCACGGGAUUUUGUCUCAUGUUUUAAAAUAGCGAUAGAUAAGAGAGGAUCUUAAACUUGGCUGCAUCACCCUUUGUUGACCUGAAAUGGGAUCAUAUUUGGGCGAUCUCCAGAAAGUCAUCAUGGGCCCCUUUAGAAGUAUAAACUGGAAUUGAAAAAAGAUAGAUUUUGGGGGAAGCCCAGGGUGUGUGCUCUCACUGAACAAUAAAUUUGAAAUUCCUCUUAUGAUGCAAUAACAAUUAUAGUAGACCGUAGAGACUCAUUUUACAAAUUUUCUUCCCAGUAAAAUUAAACAUUUCCCUGACCCUUACAUUUACUGACCUGACAACCAUUCUCAUCUUGGUCCUAUUUCCUGAAAUAGUUUAUUUGAUUGGGGGGAAGGGGGAGAUUUUGCACAAGUCUUUGUGUAUGAAAGUAGCUGAGAUAAUAUGUGUGUGUGUGUGUG